AAAAUAAAUUUUGACGACAAGGAGGAACAUGGUGGGGUGGGUCCUGCAAACUAUUUGUCAGAAAAUCCAAAUAAGAAUGAAAAAAAAAAUUUAAGCAGCAGCCUUGAAGUCGAAGAAGCACGUCACUAGAGCUAAGGGGGAAGCAAAAACCCUAGUCGCAGAGCCUCUCGUUUAAAAUCCCUCUCGAACUCCUCCUAAUUUCAUCACACAGGAUUCUUGUUAACCACCAACAAUGUCUGAUGGUCAAGAAUCGGACAAGAACAUUGAGAUAUGGAAGAUCAAGAAAUUGAUUAAAGCUUUGGAAGCUGCAAGGGGCAAUGGUACCAGCAUGAUUUCUCUAAUCAUGCCUCCACGUGAUCAAAUAUCCCGUGUCACUAAGAUGUUGGGAGAUGAAUUUGGAACUGCUUCAAAUAUUAAAAGUAGGGUGAACCGCCAGUCGGUGUUGGGAGCCAUUACUUCUGCUCAACAGAGGUUAAAGCUUUACAAUAAAGUUCCUCCAAAUGGGUUGGUCCUUUACACCGGAACCAUUGUCACUGAAGAUGGCAAGGAAAAGAAGGUGACAAUUGAUUUUGAACCAUUUAAGCCUAUCAAUGCAUCACUGUACCUCUGUGAUAACAAGUUUCACACUGAAGCUCUAAAUGAACUUUUAGAAUCUGAUGACAAGUUUGGUUUUAUUGUUAUGGAUGGAAAUGGAACCCUUUUUGGGACUUUAAGUGGAAAUACUCGGGAGGUGCUUCAUAAAUUUACUGUUGAUCUGCCAAAGAAGCACGGUAGAGGAGGGCAGUCAGCUUUGCGUUUUGCCCGUCUUCGUAUGGAAAAGAGGCACAAUUAUGUUAGGAAGACUGCAGAACUUGCCACUCAGUUCUUCAUCAAUCCUGCUACUAGUCAGCCUAAUGUUUCCGGACUUAUACUUGCCGGUUCAGCUGACUUCAAGACUGAGCUGAGUCAGUCUGAUAUGUUUGAUCCUCGUCUGCAAGCAAAAAUAUUGAACGUGGUUGAUGUUUCAUAUGGUGGGGAAAAUGGCUUUAAUCAAGCCAUUGAGUUAUCUGCGGAGAUUUUGUCAAAUGUGAAGUUCAUUCAAGAGAAACGCCUGAUAGGAAAAUAUUUUGAGGAGAUCAGUCAAGAUACCGGGAAAUACGUCUUUGGGGUUGAUGACACAUUGAAGGCUCUGGAGAUGGGGGCAGUUGAAACACUUAUUGUAUGGGAAAAUUUGGACAUUAAUAGGUAUGUCUUGAAAAAUGCUACUAAUGGUGAGAUCAUCAUAAAGCACUUGAGCAAGGAACAAGAGACCGACCAAAGCAACUUCCGAGAUGCAACCACCUCUGCAGAGUUGGAGGUCCAGGAGAAAAUGCCCUUGCUCGAGUGGUUCGCCAACGAGUACAAACGAUUUGGAUGCUCACUUGAAUUCGUGACCAACAAGUCACAAGAAGGAUCGCAAUUUUGCAGGGGGUUUGGUGGAAUUGGGGGCAUCCUUCGCUACCAGCUCGACAUCAGAUCGUUCGACGAGUUAUCCGAUAAUGGAGAAGUGUAUGAGGAUUCUGAUUAAGUGUCAGCUAGUGUCAAGCCUUUUCCCCUGGUUUUUGGAUAAUUUAUUGAAUCAAUUUCGUCAAUGUGACAAAAAUUCCGUAAACAUCUCAUGGAUUUUAUGGUUCUAAACUUCUAAUGCUUGGACCUUUUGUGUUGGAUUCACCAUACAUGUACUGUACUUUUUUCUAUUUAAUAUCUUACUAAACUUUUUGUUAGUGAAUGGAUCGUAUAUGCUUGUGACAUCUCUACCAGAUUGUGAUGAAUUUCUUGAUUAAGAGAAGGUAAACAGGCAUUCAGCUCAAA